AUGACUGGAAAAUUAGAGACCACAUUCAAAACCUUGGAAAGGGUGAUGACGCAGGCGAAUUCUAUGAUAGAGAAUAUGGUGCAAGUUUCGGAGGCUAAUUUAGAGAGUGAAAGACUGAAACUUAGACGGUUAGAGUUAGAAACAGAAACAAAGAGUAUAGAGAAAGAGCAAUUAGAGAAAACAGAGGCUAGAGCACAGAGAGCGAAAUUAGAAGCAGACGGAAAACCUGUAAAGUGCUACCGGUGCAAUAAGUUAGGACAUAUAGCUAAGGACUGCCCGCUUGAAACAGGAGCUUGGUUCUGUUACUAUUGCCAAGAAGUUAAAGGUUACAAAGGAGAAGACUGUCCAAACGCCGGAGCACAGGCUGGAAGAUUUAGAGGAAAAAGGUAUAAAAAUACAAAUUUUAAUAAAAAUAAGCCGAAUAAAGCCGAACAAACAAACACCAAAAGAGUAAAUAAUAGAGGAAAGAUAGUUAAACCAGACAGCAAGGCUAAAGCAAAGAAAGCAACAAUAACCGCCAAAGCUAAAGAAGAUAAAUCAGAGUCAG